CAGAGAUGGGGCCCUUUCUAGUUCCACAUUUAAACUUUUGCUCUUUUAGAUUCUACUGCAGUUGCUUGCCUCCCCUAUAUAACCGUCCACAUUAUUUACACCAUUUUAUAUGAUCUCAAAAACAGAGUAAAAAUUAUUGAGAGAAAAAAAAAUUGAUCAUAUAGUCCAAUUCGUCUGUGAUGGUUUCCUUUCAUACAAGUCAAAUUCCAACACAAAGAAAUGUUAUGGAAGAGUUGUCUAAGAAGAGAAAAUGGGAAGAUGAAAUUUCUUAUGAUGAAAAGCCACAGAAAGCAAAAACUAAGACAACUCUGUUUGGCACACAACUGAAUCCUGAGACUCCACUGCCUUUGGAGUGGCAAAGAUGCCUCGAUAUUAAGCAGUCUGGGCAGAUUUACUUCUACAAUACGAGGACACAGAAGAGGACAUCAAAAGAUCCAAGACUGAAUGAUCCUGAGCCACAAACUACUCCAGUGCAUAUGAGUUUAGACCUUGAACUUAACUUAUUACCAUGUGGAUCACCAGAAAAGAUCAACCAAGUUGAUGACAAUUUUGUUAGCAAUUCAAAUUCCUUCGUCAAAAAGAAGAGUACUGAGUCCCAAGGUUUGAUUAAUCGUUCACCCUCGUGGCUAACAUUUGACGUGGAUCAACAAGAGAUGGUCACUGCAGUUUGCAAGAAAUGUCAUAUGUUAGUAAUGAUGACCAAAUCUUCACCAACAUGUCCUAAUUGCAAAUUUGUGAAUCCACUAGAUGAAACCCCUUAUACCCUUUUCAAGAAAAGGCUAAGCUCCUUUUGAUUAAUUAAUGUCCAAGUGGCAAAUAAUUUAGCCUCCUAGCUAGUUAAAAUAUCAUGGCACGCUUAUAUAUACUUUAUGUUACUAUAUGUACAUACUUAUGUUACCCGAAAAAAGCCUGCUAACUGUAUGAUUCCCAACUCUUUGGUAUUAUGCAUGAUUUGUAAAAAGAAAUUGGCUACUGCUAUAUUGAAAAUUUUGAAACAUCAAACGUUUUGAGUUAUAUAAUUAGUUUUGCA